AUGCCUUUUGUUGAUAAAACAGACGAAUUUUUUAAAACUGUUGAAAAAGUGGAUAAUAAUUAUAAAAUAAAAAAAGAUCGAGCUAUAACCCAAGAUACACAAGUUGGCGAAUUUGCAUCAAAAAUUACUGAACUAUUACAAACUGGAAAUCAAAAAUUAUAUAAUUUAGAACGAUAUGUCAAGCAAAAGGGAAUAUUUAACGAUAAGACGGAAAAAAUAGAAGAACUAACUUACGAAGUUAAACAACUAAUUACAGAUUCUACAAACACUUUAGAUUCACUAACACACUACACAUAUAGCUUAAAUAUUAGAAAUCCACAAUGUCGAACACAUAUAGAUAAUAUUAUAUCUUCCUUGAAAAAUAAAGUUUUUGAUUUUACCAAAAAAUUUAAGGAUGUACUUCACAUUCGAAGCGAGCACAUAAAAAAGCAAAUGAGCAGAAGACAAAUGUACUCAUGCGUUUCAACCGAAUCCGCAUUCAGUAAUGAAAAUUAUAAAUUCAAACCUUUACAUGAUGAUAUAGAUAUUGAAGGAGGAGAGAAACAAAUCUUGAAAACGAAAGAAAAAUCAUCAUAUUUGCAUUCACGAGCUGAUGCAAUGGAAAAUAUACAAAAGGUUAUAGGAGAUUUAGCACAUAUGUUUCAAAAGGUUGCUACUAUGGUAACUCAACAAGAUGAGAUGAUUAAACGAAUUGAUGAAGAUUUAGAUAUUUCGCUAACUAACACAAGAGAAGGACAACAUUAUCUCUUAACUUAUUUUAAUAGACUGACAUCUACCCGAACUCUCAUAUUUCAGGUUUUUUUCUGUAUAUUUAUCUUGAUCAUAUUUUUUGUGUUAUUUUCAUGA